AUGGACUCGUUCGAAAUGCCGCCAUUUCCGGUGCUCUCCACGCCAUUCAUGCUACAGUAUUCCGCGAUGAUUUUCGAGGAAAUCCAGGUGAGAAUGCCCUCAAACUUAUCUGAAUUCGUUAGUUUGCGUUCAGAAGAAGUACAACGUCCGGUUCCGUCUCGUUCCCGUUCCGUACCUUCCGACGCCUUCGUCCCCGCCCGUCCCCUUCUCCUUUCCAGUUCCUUCUUCUUCCGCUUCCACGUCUUCCGUCUCUCCGUCCACCUCCUACAGUACUCCCUCUUCUCCUGAUCGCAAAUCCAAGGAUGGUUCCUCCUCCUCUUCCUCCGCGACGUCUUCUGGCUGCCAAUGCAAAGUGUGCGGCAAGCAGUUCAGUCGUCAGUGGCUCCUUCAGGGACACCUCCGCACGCACAGUCAGUACUUUCUUUUCAAUUCUCAACAGUUUUCCUUAUUUUCAGCCGGCGAGAAGCCGUUCAAAUGCGACAUUUGCUUGAAGAACUUCGCCGAUAAGAGCAACCUUCGAGCCCACAUUCAAACGCAUUCAGGUACGGAAAGGCCUGAACUUUUAACCAUUUUCCAAUAAUCCCAUUCGACGUUUACUCGUUCAACCAGUUCUGUUUCAGGAACGAAGCCGCACAAGUGCUCCAGAUGCGGGAAAAGCUUCGCCCUCAAAUCGUACCUUUCGAAGCACGAAGAGUCUAAAUGCCUCGUCCGUUUGCCGUACUCUCUUUUCUGA